CACUCCCUCGGUGUGGCGCAUUGCAAGACUUGACUCGCAGCUUCUAGUUGGGACUCUAUCUACACUUGAGACAUCUCUGUACAUGGGGUUAAAGACGAGGCAUGGAUCAAAUUCAAGAAAAAGCAAGCAAGGAGGUCGAUAUUUAUCGUGACACAUGGGUCCGCUUCUUAGGCUAUGCCAACGAGGUGGGAGAGGCCUUCCGUGCCCUGGUGCCAGUGAGUGCUGUAUGGGCCACAUAUGCAGUUGCCACCAUGUAUGUUUCCGCUGAUGCUGUGGACAAGGGGAAGAAGGCUGCCGUGGAGCAUGGUGACAACCCAGGGAAGACAACCAAGGUGGCUGUAGCAGUGGUGGAUACGUUUGUAUGGCAGGCCCUGGCCUCGGUCGCUAUCCCAGGCUUCACCAUCAACCGUGUGUGUGCUGCCUCUCUUUACCUCCUGGGCAGAACCACGCGCCUGCCUCUCUCUGUACGCAAGUGGACCACCACGGCCAUCGGCCUCUCCACCAUCCCCUUCAUCAUCCACCCCAUCGACAGGUUUGUGCUGGGGAGUGGACUUCCUGCUGGACUCCAGCCUGCGUAAGGUCUACGGUCAAUCUGCAGGAGAGAGGCAUGACUAAUAAGCACCACGACCACCCUGCAGCCUGGUCCUAGUGUCCCUGGCCCGGACAGGUUAGCUCCACCAGGAAAUUGACCCCACCCACCCUCUGUCCCAGACAGCACAUCCUCCCAAGCCAUCUGAAAACUCUGCUGAUCACUCUACUGUAACAUCACUGUGAAGCACAAAGCCAAUACAGCAGGGUUACUCCACUCCAGUCCUCCAGGGCCACUGUACUGUCUGCCACUUGUCUAUGCCCCUCUGUUUAUUCCCAUCUUUUCAUUUUAAACUCCAAGUUAGGGGGACCUAUGUUUCUUUGGCCAGUCAAUGACUUAGAAUCAGGGAGAAAAGGGAUCCAACAGACAGUGUUGCCCUCCAGCACUGGAGUUGAAUACCUGUGGCUGCUACUGGCCUGCAGAGCCCACCUGUUUUUCUCCACUUGGCAUGUAUCCAGGUAACUCUUGAUGUUAGCCAUAUUUGGGAAUAUUCGGGUCACUGUCCUUAGACCUGGCAUUAAGGCCCUAUUUUCAUUACAUGUUAACAUCUACCGUUGUUUUUGUUUAUUUCUGCCUCAAAAAUAAUGUCUUGUACGGUUGUCUGUCACUUUGAAUAGAUAUUUACAGAGCAUAUUGUGAUGCACUUUUCAAUGUUCAGUCUUGAGAUUAACCUGAGUGCUUCUUGUCAUUUAUUACAGAGGUGAACCGAAUAGAUGUAAUAAUUCUUGAGGUUUUGGUUGGCUCUAAAGAUUCAGUUACUUUGGUAGCAUCUAAGGCAUAGAAAGUACUGUAAUAGUUGUGUAACAUGCCCUAUGCAGAAAGCAUAUGAAGGGAAUAUGCAUAAAAUACUGUAAUUAUUUCCAAAGAUUUAGGCUACUCUGGAAGAGAACCCAUCAGUAUACAAAGCUGUGCUGCAAUAUGCAAGGAAUCUGAGUCAUCUUAUUCAAAAAUGGGAAAUGCUAUUGGAAUAUGUAAAUCAGGGCGCUCCAAUUCUGUUCCUGAAGAGCUACUGUUCUGUAUGUUUUUGCUCCAACUCUAAUCUAGCGCACCUGAUUCUAAUAAUUAGCUGGUUGAUAAGCUGAAUCAACUGGGGUUGGUUUUAAAACAGGUUGGAGAGCCCUGAUGUAAAUUAAUGUGAUAUACUGAAUUGGGAAAUGUUGCCAAUUGUUCAUACACCAGAACAAAUCUUUAGCAAUAAUUUUCAUUUAACUUCUCAGUUAUAAGUCAUCUUCUGUAUUUUUAAUAUAUUGAUUACUUAAAAAUGUUUUGUCACCAAAACGCAACAUUUUUGUGAUGGUUUGAAUGUUUUUUUCUAAUUAUUUCCCCACAUAGUCACAUAAUCAAUUUCAUAUUUCGAUAUCAAUAUAUUUUCAUGCUGGAAACAAGGGAAUGUUUAACUGUUGUUCAUUUCAUAAUAUGUUUGUUUUAGCCUUAAAAUUCAAAUAUGUUUUCAAACCUGCUACUGAUGUACAUUUACAUUUUCUUUUAGUUGUCAGAGAAAUUGAAAAAAAAUGUUUUUGACAAAAUGAUAGUAAUUUAUCAUCGAAAGUGAAAGUAAUACUGCAAUGGGCAGCUAUUUAGCUAUUCCCUACUCUGAAACUGUUUAAAAAUAUAACAAUAAACAAUAUCCUGUAUUGUA